GCGAAGCUUCAAUACUUUACUCUAUGACGGGAGAUUGAUUAUUGGAGACAUCUUUAAUAUUCUGAUCUAGACGUGAGGAAAAUGUCAUUCCUACAAAAUUUCGUUGGUCGUUUUGUACCGAGAGUUAAAGCCGAUGAUGAAGAUGCCGAAUUAGUUGACCCGCAAAAAGUAUUGCGUGAGAAGUGUUCACAAGAGCCCAAAUGCGUGAAAUUUCAAGAAAGAUUGACAACAUGCAACAAUCGGGUUAAUUCUCGUAAAAAGACUGAAGAAACUUGUCUUGAAGAAUUGAUUGACUACGUGAACUGUGUCGAUCACUGUGCAUCUCACGAUCUCUUCAGUAAGCUUAAAUAAUUACAGUAAUAAUGAUGAAUUAUUAUUAUUAACAUGAUGAUAUUGAAAUAAUAAAAAUAUUAGCUCUA